AUGGACACGUUACCACUGGAGAUCAUCGCCACAAUCUCCGAGCACCUCGAGCCCUCCGACUUCACGGCUUUCGAGAGCGUGAACAGGGCUUUGCGCCACUCAACUGAGCAGAUUCUAGCCGACGCCACUGUUCAUACUGAUGAAGAUGGAUACAAGUCGCUCAACGCUCGGUACGACCGCUCGUGCCGUCGUGCCUGCUUGGAAUUUUUGGUUGUCUACAUCAGACUCCCGAAGGUUCUGAAUGAUCACGAUAAUGAGACUGAAUUCGAGUAUAAGGCGUCCAAAAACAACGAAGCCUUCACCGAUAAGAUGUUAUCUCUCAUGAGACUUUUGCAUUCAUGGGAGCACGAGCUUGAAAGCAGCAUACAUUUAGUCGUCCACGUCACGGCACCGGGUAUCCCCGCUGAUUUUGAUGGGAGGGCAUGGGACUGUAAUGGAGUUCCCAACUGGAUGCGCGACCCGAGAGAGCUUCCCAAGACCGAUAGAGCCAUGCGCACCUUUGAUCUCACGGCAGCCAUCCUUCUGGCACUACCUGUUGCUCAAGCACAGGUCCCAGAUAUUGUAGGCUUUUCAAAGGCUUGGUUUGAUGAUUUCACCGGAUCUCGCGGUGCACUGCCUAGUAGUGGAAACUGGAUCUUUGAUACCGGCACCAGCUACCCUGGAGGCCCAACAAACUGGGGAACCGGGGAGGUCCAAACCUACACCAAUAGUCCCAGUAAUGUCGCCACCAACGGCCAGGGAAACCUGGUGAUUACCGCGAUCAAAGAUGCAAAAGGCGCAUGGACUUCCGCCCGAAUUGAGACCAAGCAGACUUUCAUGGCUCCGGCAGGCAAGAAGAUGCGUGUUCAAGCUAGCCUGAAGCUUCCCAACCUCGGUGGCGGAGGCGUCGGCUACUGGCCAGCUUUCUGGACUUUAGGCGCCGCUUACCGUGGCAACUACUGGAAUUGGCCAUCAGUCGGCGAGAUCGAUAUCAUGGAGAACGUGAACAACGUCAAUCGAGUUUGGGCUGUUCUGCACUGCGGCACCAACCCAGGCGGACCAUGCAACGAGCCUAGCGGACUCGGCAACAGCAAGAAUUGUCCCGCGACUUCCUCUUGCUCUGGAGUAUUUCGCACGUACGCCGUUGAGGUCGAUAGAACCAAGUCUCCAGAGGCUAUCCGGUGGUAUUCCAUCAUGGCAGCGGCUUGUCAGAAGUGCAAGAAGGAUAUCCCGGACGAAGCAGCAGAGUGCGACCGCUGCGACGUCAAGUAUUGCUCCAAGAGCUGCCAGAAUCUUCACUGGAAGAAUCACAAGAAGUCAUGA